CUUUCUCUGUCUUGAUUUACCAAUGCUGCUCAGGAUUCGUUCAAAAGAUGGCAAUUUUCGCUUCGAGUUUCCGCCUACGGCCGACAUCACUGAAUUGCUGAACAAGAUACUGGAGACAUCGCCUGAUGCGGAUCUACAAACUAUCACCGUGUCGAAUCAGCCUCGUGGCAACGAAAUAUCAAUCCUGACUUUGAAAGGGCGGACUUUGAAGAGCAUCGGCCUCAAUCACGGCGAUCUCAUCUUUGUGAAUUACCAAGCCAAGGCGGCAUCGAGUUCGGCUACGGAAACACCAAUACAGAGCGCUCAAACCAGCCAUCACCCGUCAUCGAAUGAGAAGAGGCCGUGGGAAACAGUUCAAGAAGACAAUGUGGAUGUCUAUUGGCGCACUCACGACGGCAAAAUUCCAAGGGGACGUGAUGCUCAGUUUUGCAAGCAUGGCGCCAGAGGAAUGUGUGACUACUGUAUGCCCCUAGAACCUUACGAUGCGGCGUAUCAUAAGGAGCACGCUAUCAAACAUCUCUCCUAUCAUGCCUAUCUGCAGAAAAUCACCCCGAAAAUAAUGCCUUCUGCAGCUUCGUCUUUGCCGUCUCUCAGUCAGCUCUCUUACAAGGUGAAGACACUGUGCCCAACAGGUGCACAUCUUCCAUGGCCUGCUGGGAUCUGUACCUAUUGCCAGCCUUCGGCCAUAACUCUUCAAUCUCAGCCUUUUCGAAUGGUUGAUCAUCUCGAGAUUGCUUCUAUGGAUAUUGUAGAUAGAUUCCUCGAAGCAUGGCGAAGGACGGGGUUACAACGUUUCGGAUGGAUGAUUGGCCGUUACGAACCAUAUGAGAAGGUACCUAUGGGAAUCAAGGCCGUUGUGGAAGCUAUCUAUGAACCGCCACAAGAAGGCGAGUUGGAUGGUUUGACCCUCGGUGUGCCUUGGGAAGAAGAAGGCCGUAUCAAAGAGCUCUCAGCUUCUGCGACAACUCCACUGACUGUUGUUGGAUAUAUCUUCACCGACCUUGAUCCAACGGAGGAGGAUCGAACAAAGAAUGUGUAUAAGAGACAUCCAGGCUCCUUUUACCUAUCCUCAUUAGAGGUAAUAUUCGCGGCCACGAUGCAAAACUCCCAUCAGAUACCUUCUAAAUCCUCGCCUACGGGUCAAUUUUCGUCGCGUUUGGUUACGGCAAUCUUGACUGGAACGGAAGAUGGACAGGUGGACGUUUCCGCAUAUCAGGUCUCUGCACAAGCCGAGGCUAUGGUUGAGGCAGAUAUGAUCGAGGCUAGCGUCGAUCCUGGUAUUGUCAGAGUCAAGGAAGAGGAUCGAAGCCAAGAAACAGCUCGAUAUGUUCCUGAUGUCUUCUUUUCUUACAAAAAUGAGUACGGUUUGGAGGUCAAAAAGAGUGCAAAGCCAGCCUUUCCCGUGGAAUAUCUCUUGGUAAAUGUGACACAUGGGUUCCCGCAAAAUCCGUCACCGAUGUUCCAAUCGACUCAGUUUAACAUUGAAAACCGACCUGGAUUGGAAGAUCAACGAAUUGAACAUGUUCUUUCCACCCUGCAUUCAUUAGGUGCUCCCGAUAUCCCGGAUAGUCGACACCUACAACCGCGACGAGCCCGUAAGACGUUUGAGUUAGCCAAAUGGCUAAGUGAUUGGCAUCUCAUCGCUUUCUUGGGUACAACUCAGCUAUUCUCACCAGAGGACAUGAAGAUACUCAUGCGAACUGUCACCUCAUCCACUUUGCUGGAGGAUGUCAGCCAAUUGGACUCUUUAUUGUCCACCGAGGGUUGGCAUACUCUUAUGAUGUUUACACGGGAGAGCGCCCCUCAGCCGAACACCGCUUCAACAUCUGCCGCAAUGGAUGAAGACAUUCCGCAGGAGGUAUUGGACCAAAUUGCGGCCGCAGAUGUUGCUUCAAGGGGAAGCAAUGGAGGAGGAUCUGGGCAUGCAAGCAACAGCACUAGAACCUGUCCCCAUUGUACUUUUGAAAACGAUCAUGGAGGAACUGACUGUGAAGUCUGCGGAUUACCAUUAUAAAUGUAUGAUUAUUUGUCACAAUUGCUUGAAUAUAACACCACUGUUAGCG